AUGAUGAAGUGUGAUGUAGUUCCGUGGAUAAAUGAACAUUAAUAUUACUUUAAGAAUUCAAAAUCAAAAAAUUUUUAUGAGCAUUUUAAAUUAUUGAGAGCCUGAUGUUUGGACUACCCUAAGUGAUACAUAUUGGAUUUAGGAUUUGAAGUGACAUUUUUAUGAAUGAUUUCUUUUCUGUUAUGUGAUAAUUAAAUGAAGAAUUUAUUGUGUAAAUACUUUCAUAGAAAUGUACCUAUACAAUAAUUUUAAAAGAGAUUAUUUGUAGUGGUAUUCCAUUCUCUUUGUCGCCUUUUGGAGAAAAAGAUACUUGGUUCCUAAAUAGCAUCAAUUGUUAUGGAAAUAUGGAGUCUUUGUUAGAAUGUGCAGCAUCAGGAUCCACACAGUGUAGCUCUGGCAAAGAGGCGGGAGUAAUCUGUCUUUCCACAGUAAAAAAUGUAACAAGAAUAGUAAAUGGCAGUUCUCCAGAUGAGGGUCUAAUGGAGGUUUUGGUAAAUGACCAAUGGCGAAGUGUAUGCAACUAUGGAUGGAGCAAAUAUGACGCUGAUGUUGCAUGUAAAAGUCUAGGAUAUAUAGGAGGAAUUCCCUUCUCAUUGCCGAUUUUGAGAGAGGGGAGAGAAGAUACCUGGUUCUUAGCUAAUUUAAAUUGUAACGGAAAUGAAGAUUCGUUGUUAGAAUGUUGGUCAACAUUCACCACUUGUAAAAAUGGUGAACAGGCGGGAGCUGUUUGUUACCGCGAAGAAAACGAUGUAACAAGGAUAGUAAAUGGCAGUUCUCCAAAUGAGGGUGUAGUUGAGGUGUUGAUUAAUGACCAGUGGCGAAGUGUAUGCAACAAUCGAUGGGACAAGAGGAAAACUGAUCCUACAUGUAAAAUUCUAGGAUAUUCAGGUGGGUUUCCGGUUUCGUCGACGCUAUUUGUAGAGGAUAAGGAAGAAAUGUGGAUGUUGGACGUGUCGUAUUGUAGUGGAAACGUCAAAUCUUCAUUAAAGUGUUCAUUAUCACUUAUUCGAUCCAGCAGCUGUCAUGGCGGAAAGGCAGGGGUCGUUUGCUACCAUGCAGAGAAUGGUACUUUUGAAAAAAAUUUCAAAUAAUUUGCUACCAAUGAAGUGCAACCUUUAAUACGCAAGUUUCGAGAUUAUCUCCUUUGGUGUACUCUUUCGUUGAGGAGUGGAGUUUCGUUGCCGGUAAACAGACGUGUGGGAUAGAUAUUUAUGUAUUGGACAUAUUGCAUCAUCUAUAUACUGGUUUAUCACAAGUACAUGAUUUUCAGGAUGUACUCUUUAACUCUAAAAUAACUGAAGUAAUGUAAAGGCGU